CUUCUUUUCUCGGCGUGUUAAAAUCUAAUAACAACAUUAAGAAAGGAGCUCGUGCCUUUCCUCGCGAGGCGGACUGGGAGGCAGCGAGUGUGAAACUCCACAUUUUGCCUUUUUUCGACGCCCUCGUGUCCUCUGUGAAACCCCCGUGGUCCUGCCCUCUAGACUGUGAGCCGAAUUCUGAUUGGAGGAAUGGAGUGCCAGUCUGUCCUGCACCAGUGAUCAGGCCAGGAGACUCCAGUGGUGACAUCCUGUGGAGCCAGAGAUCAAAGGCGAGGAGGCUGUUUCACCACCGCUGGAACUGAAGAUUGCUUUAAAUAAGCAAGUCAUUGUAGAAGGUUUUUAAGUCAUGAUGCAAGAAUCUGGGACGGAGGCGACGAGCAACGGACCAGCCAAUCAAAAUGGAGGAGCGAGCGUGGAGGGUGGGUCCAGGGAGGGCGGUCCCAAGAGCGCCACGCCAUCAGUGGAGGUGACUGCAGCUGAUCUCCUGCAUCUCCAGCAGCACCAGGCUCUCCAAGUGGCCCGGCAGAUACUCCUCCAGCAGCAGCAGCAGCAGCAGCAUCAGCCCCAGUCGCAGCAACUGCAGUCUCAACAAAACACUGGCCGCAAAUCUCCCAAAGCCAACGACAAGCAGCAAAGCCUACAGGUUCCAGUUUCUGUGGCUAUGAUGACACCUCAAGUGAUAACUCCACAGCAGAUGCAGCAGAUCCUUCAGCAGCAAGUCCUGAGCCCUCAGCAGCUCCAGGUUCUUCUCCAGCAGCAACAGGCCCUCAUGUUACAGCAGCAGCAACUCCAAGAGUUCUACAAGAAGCAGCAGGAACAGCUCCACCUCCAGCUUUUACAGCAGCAGCAGCAGCAACAGCAGCAGCAUGCAGGCAGCAAGCAGAGUAAAGAGCAGCAGGUGUCAGCACAGCAGUUGGCCUUCCAGCAGCAGCUCCUGCAGGUCCAGCAGGUCCAGCAGCAGCAUCUGCUCAACCUUCAGAGGCAAGGGCUGCUCACAAUCCAGCCUGGACAGACCGGCCUGCCACUGCACUCCCUCACUCAGGGCAUGAUUCCAGCAGAGCUGCAGCAACUGUGGAAGGAGGUGACAAACGCUCACGUGAAGGAGGAGCACAACAACAGCAGCAACAACGGUCACCGGGGCCUUGACCUGUCAUCCCCGGCACCACCAAAGAACCCACUCCUCAACCAGCACGCCUCCACCAAUGGGCAGUACAUGAGUCACAAGAGAGAAGGAUCCACGCUAGACGAGCCUUCCCACCACAGCCACCCCCUCUAUGGUCACGGUGUUUGCAAGUGGCCUGGAUGUGAGGCGGUGUUUGAUGAUUUCCAGUCAUUCCUCAAGCAUCUUAACAAUGAGCACGCCCUGGAUGACAGGAGCACGGCCCAGUGUCGGGUGCAAAUGCAGGUCGUACAACAGCUGGAGCUGCAGCUAGCGAAAGACAAAGAGCGUCUGCAAGCUAUGAUGACGCACCUUCAUGUCAAGUCCACGGAGCCCAAAGCCACCCCACAGCCGCUCAACCUGGUGUCCAACGUCACAUUGUCCAAAUCGGCCCCCGAGGCCUCUCCUCCUCUGAGCCUGCCCCAGACGCCCACCACACCCACGGCACCCCUCACGCCCCUGUCCCAGACUCACUCCGUCAUCACAGCCAACAGCCUGCACAGCGUGGGCCCCAUGCGACGGCGCUACUCUGAAAAGUACAACAUGCCCAUCUCUCCAGAUAUCAGUCAGAACAAAGAGUUUUACAUGAAUGCAGAUGUUAGACCGCCGUUCACGUAUGCCUCAUUAAUAAGACAGGCAAUCCUCGAAUCUCCAGAAAAGCAGCUAACACUAAACGAAAUCUACAACUGGUUCACACGAAUGUUUGCAUAUUUUAGGCGCAACGCAGCGACGUGGAAGAAUGCAGUCCGGCAUAAUCUUAGUCUUCACAAGUGUUUUGUGCGGGUAGAAAACGUAAAAGGGGCUGUGUGGACAGUCGACGAAAUAGAGUUCCAAAAGAGACGGCCUCAAAAGAUCAGUGGAAGUCCAGCCUUAGUGAAGAACAUUCAGACCAGCUUGGGCUAUGGUCCCACCCUCUCUGCUGCCUUCCAGGCUUCAAUGGCAGAAAACAACAUACCUCUAUACACUACUGCUUCCAUUGGAAGUCCCACCCUCAACUCCCUGGCCAACGCCAUCCGUGAGGAGAUGAAUGGAGCGAUGGACCAUGGAAACAGCAACGGCAGUGACAGCAGCCCAGGACGCUCGCCCCUGCCAGCUAUGCAUCACAUCAGCGUUAAGGAGGAACCACUGGACCCCGAAGACCACGAAGGGCCCCUUUCCCUGGUAACGACUGCCAAUCACAGCCCGGAUUUAGAUCACCACAGAGAUUAUGACGAGGACCAGGGCCACGACGACAUGCUGUAAGGCUAGCGCCGCCCCUCCCCAGCCUCAGAGGCAGAGGCAGUCUGGGUCGUCUGGGAGACAGCAGCGCUCCGCAGAUAACGAACACUGAACUGCAGUCUCAGCCACUGAUGACAGCGCUCAAAUGUCUCCAAGUUAACUUUUUAGUGCCAUUACAAUACAUAGCAAGAACACACACACACAAAAAAAAACACAGAAUACGCCCCACACGAGGGAUUUCUUUUUUUUUUUUUGGUUACUUCCUACUUUUGAUUCAAGUCGAGCUUAAAAAAAGUGAAAACAAACUUCAUUUCUACUCGUGUGUGAAGAUGGGACUUGUUUGGUACGGGGGCGACGUGUCGGAGACCCUCGCCGUGCAGCCAGGACGGACUUGCACUCAGCGGACUGCAAGAGGGGUUGAGUCUCCCCUCUCUCUCUCUCUCUCUCUCUCUCUCUCUCUCUCUCUCUCUCUCUCUUUCUUUCUAUCUCUCUCUCUCUCUCUCUCUCUCUCUCUCUCUUUCUCUCUCUCUCUCUCUCUCUCUCUCUCUCUCUCUCUCUCUCUCUUUCUAUCUCUCUCUCUCUCUCUGACACACACAUCUGACCACAAACUCAAGAGAGAGAGAGAAUGACUGACGUUUAAUUUACACCGCGCGUGAGGGGAGAGCGAGUGCGGACUUCUGUUCAUUGUCACUGCCUUCAACACUUCUCAUUGGUUUGAUUCCAUCUAGGGUGGGAGGGAUGUUGUUUUUAUUCGGGUGUAUUUUUUGUCGGGGGGUGAGAGGUUAUAGAGUAUCAACAUAAUGUGUCUUUUCCAUUCAAUGCUGUUAUUGUUGUUUGCAUCUUUUUGUUUUUUUUGUUAUUCCUUUGAACUGAUCAGACCUCAUGCCCAUGCUGUGGAGAUUCUGUGUGGUCGGCACUUGAUGAUGAAUGUUUAUGAUUUCCUUUCAUGUUGUUCUUUUAAACACACACAUGAAGCAGAAUGUCACGUACCAAGUAGUGUUUGUCUGUCAUUUAUUCGACAACCUCCAAAAAAAAAAAGAAGAAAAAAGUCACCACUCUGACGUGUAGCCCGCCCCUCAUGCCCUCCUCCCUCUUCCUCCCCCUCCCCCUCCUCCUCCUCCUCCUCCUGCUCAUGAAGUCCAUUGGCAAUGCACUACUCAUAAUGAAGGCUCUCUCCACGCAUCAAUGAAGUUUAAUUUAAGAUGCGAAUGAAUGACAGAGAAAUCAUGCAGGUUAUGAUUUAUCCUUAUGAAAUUACACUUUAAAACAGCCCCUCACGGCAGAGCAUGUUGAGCUGCAACAGAAUUUCUGAUCACUUACAAGCUCCGGGUUUUCUAAAGGAAAAUGAAAAUGUCAGGUGUGCACCGGCAAAGAUAAUGAUUUAGACCAACUAAUUGUGAUUCCUGAACACAACUGUCAUUGUUAAUCAAACGCGUCUGCCUUUCCACACUGUAAUUUCACUCAGCGCUUGAAGAUGAACGUGCAUUCCCUGUAGUUUUAUUUGUAUCACGCGCAUGGCUAGUUUGAAGUUUUUAGUUCGUGUUCAUAAUUGCGCACCCGAUGAAAUGCUCCUGUCCUUUCAUCAAAGGGGAAAAGUCCUGAGACUUUCAGUAAGACCUAAACAUUGCACAUUCCAGCAUUGGACAGCCAUCACAAAGGGCCCAAACAGACAGUACACGACACUGAGGGAAUGUGGACACCUCGACGUUCAGUGUCACCCAAAAAGCCAAUAGUUGUAGUCCACAGCAUUGAACCGAGUGGAAUCCACGUGUGGUUUUGUGAUGCAGCAGCAAAAAAUCCAGCUUUGGUAGAGAGUCAAAUUUUAAAGAGACCAUGAAUUUAAAGACUGCAAUCAACCACUUUUAAUUUUUUUUAUUUAUUAUUAGUAUUAUUAUUAUUUUGUGUUUAUUUGGCUUUUUUCUUUUAGUUGUUGAUGUGUUUUAAUGUCUUGUUCUGUGACUACCAAAGAUAAACUACAAAGUCAAUGUUGUGUGUUCCAUGCAAUAGCAGAUAAGGCCAAAUAUCUCUCCUCCGUUCUCUCCCAUUGGACGAUCUCAGCGGCCGCGAUCGAGCCGGUGGCGGAUCGAAUCGAGGGAAAUGCUCCUCGAACUGGCGUGUUCGUUCAUUUUUCUAAAAACCAAAGGGGGCGUCUCAAACAGGACAGCUGCACUAAUGUUCGCAGUGACCAAAACUGAAUCGGAGGCGCCGGCAGUCCGACUACACGAUGACCAAAUUAGGGAAACUUUUUUGUCUUUGGGCCAGUGAGUGGAAAAGGGAGCUUUUUGGUCAGGAGCAGAUUUGUGUGCAACAUAAAGGGUAUGUAGAUAAAGGAAAAUAUACUGGUAAAUGGAAAAAGCUUUGCAGAGAACAAUGUGAAAUGGAUUCUAUACUUCAACUGGACCACACAAUGAUUUAAUGUUUCUCUUCUUUUAUUCCUUAUUCAUUUGUAUCCUUUGUAAUGAUUGUAUGCCACUUUUUAGGGGUUUUAGCAUCUUUGUUAAGAUUGGCAAGACUUUAUGAUUGUGUUUAGUUUCUGUCAACUUAUUACUUUUUAUAUUAAAAAACACUCCUGUCAACUAAUAAGCUGGGUACAAGGUACUUUAUGGCAGUUAUUGUUAUUAUAAUUAUAUUGUUAUAAGUUCACCGCUCAUUAAUUAAAAAGGAAAAGAGCAAUCUGUGGUUUCCAGAAGAUGUAUUUAAUAUCCAGGCAGCUGUGGGAUGGGUCAGUUACAGCCAGGCUAGGAUCGUGAGAACAGGGCCGAGCUCAUCCCCAAACCUCCAGUCAUCUGGCUGGUUUGUUUGGUAUUCAAAAAGGAGGAAAAGCGCUGGUAGAUUAGAACAUUCUCAGCAUGUGUAGCUCGACAGUACUAAAGAUAACAGCAUGAGAAAACCGUUUGUACGCAUACCUCAGUUCAAACCUAUAGGGAAUGAUUCAAUUAAAUGAGAAAAAAUAAACAUUUCACUCGGUUGCACUUAGUUGUAUGUCUUGCAUGUGUAGUCUGAUACUGUAGAGAAAAAAUUACUUAAAACAAAACAAAAAAAAAGAAAUUAGAGCUUGUUUAUCUUAAAGGUUUCAUCCUUUUUUUUUCUUUUUUUUUGCCAAACCAAUCCAAACCUCAGGCCUUUUGUUCAUUGAAAUAUCACCCAGCUGUGUGUGGCACCACUCAUCCUGUCAAAGUCUGUUCUCUGAUGUACUGAUGGGUUGUUUUAAGGGCGUUCCAAUAUUAGGUUGUACAUACAUGUCAGUAUAGCCUUUGUCUUUUCCUCCCUCUCUCUCUCUCUCUCUCUCUCUCCCUCUUUUAAGAUCAAAAAAUACAUUUGUGUUAUGAUGUUUGCUUUAUCGCGACUGCUUUGUAUUAACUAUGAAAUAGCUAUGAGAAAAACUGCUGUAUGUAUUGGAAUAGCAAACUGUGCUGCAAAUGUAUUUUACUUAGUAAUCCUUGCUUUAAAAAAAAAAAAAGAAAAAAAAAUCACAUCAUCCAUGCAGACGUCUGGGUGAGCUGGGCAGGGGCAGGCUGGGGGGGAGAUUAUCCCCGAUUUUGGAUUUUAAACUGUAAUAUAGAAAACAGACUUUUCUCUGUUAUCAUUGACCUAAGCAUUUUGUACAGAUUUUUUUCCCUCUUUGUGUUAAGCUGUUUUUUGAUACUUCCUUUUGAUGGUCCAACCACUGCCUUCUGUGGCUGUAUGUUAAAGAUUACUGCUCUGAGAAAAGGGCAGACAGGUAUAUUUCCUCUACAAGACGGAGAUAUCUUGCAUGACUAAUCCCAGGGUCACAGAGAUGGGAGGGGGGGGAUAUGGUUUAAGUGGUCAGUAAUAAUAUAAGGGUGUAUCAAUCUAAUGAUAUUUUAUAUGAAAUUAAUAGGAAAAAGAAAAAAAUAUGCAGUGCCAAGAUGUAAAGAAUAUUGUUAAAUGCUGUCCUUUUUUUUUGUUUCGUUUGAAAAAUUCAUUCAGUCGCGCAUCAAAGAUGUGUCCUUCUCAUCCAUGUCAUGUAGGUAAAACACAUUUUGUUUGGCAUCAAGAUAUUUAUAUUUUUAUCUCAAGGGUCAUUGUAAAUGAGUCAAAUCAAGCACAGCAGGCAGGUCAAAAGUUAGACGCUGCUGGAAACUAAUGUCCUGCAAACUGCUGCCGUGUGGCAUCAGAUCCCCCGACAUCACACACCGGCACCCGAGCUAAAACGCCAUCGCUUCAUCCACCACCAACCAUCCAGCCCGCUGUCAUUCCGUCCCCCUCUUUCUCCCUCUCUCACACCACACUUUGUUUUUUUCCACAUGGAGGGGGAGGUGGGGGGUGGGAGGAGGGUGCAGCCCAGGAGCUGUCACGGUGCUCUCAUCCUGCAGCAGCUUUUCUUUCUCUUCUCCUCUUUUUGUUUUCUUUGAAGAUGUACUCUGUAGUUUCUUUUUCCUGUUUUCUUUUUAUAGAGAAGUACUAUUGCUCAUCACCUCCAUCAGUCUGUAACCUCCUCAUCAUUCCUCGUCUGUCCGAUGCAGACCACUCUGUUGUAGUCAGUGGCGAUGACUGACGUGAGCAUUCUAAACAUGCAAUAAAAUGCUGGUUGUUC